AUGCAAAAGAUAGUCACGCAAGUGGUUGUAGGCACUCCGCCUGAAAAUAUAACACCGGUUGUCGAAAUUCAAUCGGACGGCCAAACAUAUCUCUUUGACGAGCAUAGCUUAACUGACCAAAAGAAGUUGGCGGUUGUUAACGAUGGCCGCUACUGGCUAGUAUUUACAGGUCAUAUCAAAAUGGGAACACUUCUAGAAAUUGUUAUUCAUGGCAGUGAUAACAAGAAGCACACUAUUCAGCUGAACAACUUGUCGGUGGGCAUUACGCGGUUCUUUCGAAAAGACUUUGGUGCCACCGGUGCUGCCCUUCCAAAGAAGAUCUUUCUAGACGUGGUAGUUCAAGAUGCUCCUGUCGAAGUCAAGAACCUCGUGCCUCCCUCGCCACCGCUACGUAACAAUCGACCAGGCAGGAACCUCCCUCCCCCGCCCGGCACUAAAGUAAGACCGGCGGUUCAGAAGAUAGAAAAGCGGGACCCAACUAUUCAAACACUCUUCCCAAAAGUACACUGGACAGCUUCGCCUGGUGCAAAAGGAUCCAUCUACGAUCAGACCACUCGUUUUGUUGCCGAGUAUGAAUGGGUCGAGUUAGAAAAGGAGCUGAUCAAGAAGUUCUGCGUAGCCCGAAUUCAGAAGAAACCGUCCACCCCAUUCAAACCCGCUUCUGAAACUAUUCCGGCCGUAUCUGGGACCAUUAAAACCAGGAUUCUCUCGGAAAGACAGGAGUUCUUACUUUCAGUUGUACUUGGUGCCUUAGAGAAGCGAAAGGUUAGUCUGGUUGCCCUGGGAACGGAGAUCAAGCAGUGGCUGGCUGACAAACAAGAAAUAGAGGAGCCGGAAGCGAUCACAAAUAUAGCAGGUGUAUUCCCUCCCGAAGCCGAAUGCAAUAAGAUCCUAGCCGCUAAUACCAAGGACCUAUCCCCCAUUGAAAGUCAGCUCUAUCUCUUACUCUCAGAUGGAAGCACUCGAGGCAUGUUUUUGCUGGCCAAAUACUAUCUCUGGAGCAUACCGGCCCUCCACGCUUUGAAGAAAAGCGCACUCAACAUGCUAGCCUCACUAGAUAAGAUAGAAGGCGACACCCAAUUGCCAAAGCUACUAGUUCUAUCUCUCAAACUCGGUAACUCGAUUAAUUUGAAAUAUGCAGCUACUUCUUCCAACACUAUUGAAACCCGUGCUCUAAUGCUGUCCUCUCUCUCGGCCUUUCAGCGCUGCACGGCCUCACUAACCACCCCAGAUGCUUGCUCCUAUAGUCUGCUAGAGUUUCUCGUUCUUUCUCUCCGCCAUAAGAUUGACUUCAAGGCCCUAUACAAGUCCUAUCUACCCCUAUCAACCUUUCAAAUCAAAACGCUUAAUGAACAUCUUUUAAUGAUCAAACAAUGCAUCAACGAAGUAUUCGACAGUAAUGACUUCCCCGGCAAGCAAGAAAAGAUGCUGAAGUUGGAAACUCAGAUAAAAGAGAACGAACUAUUGCUGGAAUCAAUUACCGAUAAAUUUAAGGCCGCCGCCAAGAAAUACGCUGAUACGCCAGAUAGCUUUAUUAGUAAUUUAGCUGAUGCCUUAGAUACUCUGGGCCGUGUGUCCCAUUUAUUUCUGUGA